UUAACGUCGCAUGAUUUUGGGAUGCGGGAGGCAACUGGAGUGCACGGAGAAAAGCCACGGGGCCGGGAUCGAACUCGGGACCUCAGAACCGUGAGGCCAACGCUUUCCAGCUGAGCCACCGUGCUGCCUUGAUGUACAUAUUUCUGGUUUUAAUUCCACAGGUGGUUGCUGGCGGCUGAUAAGUUGCACAAAGCCUCUCGUGCAGUGCACGAUAUCGUCUCCGGUGGCUCACCGCUUCGCUGCGAGGUGGAGCGGCGAGUUCUCAAGAGGGAGGACGGGCUCCGCUCAGGAGGAGUCAAAGUCGGGGAGGCGAGCGAGGCCUCGCCGCAAGUCUUUUUCCGAGCUCAGAACGGAAAGCGACGUUGACGGAAAGAAGCUUACAACUGGGUGACGUUUGAAACUCGUCGGCCGGCCAUGAAUCCGCACUCGUUGGUGGUGCUGGUGGCGGUCGCCGCGGUAACGGGGGCCCAUCCGAACAACGAGCAGAACGAACCGGAUCACGGGCACUGGAACUACAGAGAAGGAGCCGACAGAGUUGACGUGGCGUCGGUGCGCAGUUUGACCAAAGUUUUGGACGCGUGGGGCAAAGGCAUUUUCAAGGAAAUCAAAACUUUGCUGCAUUCCCAACCCAACGCGUUGCUCCCUGACUACUCCAGGGUGCGUCCCCUGUCGGAGACCAUCGACGACCUGUUCACAGAAGUCUCGGCGCUGCAUCGGCGUAUCAAAGAGCUCUCCCGUCGCCUAGCAACCACGCAACCCUUCCUCCGUCGCCAUGGCUACCGCGAGGAGAGGCUCGCCGACGACCCGUCUCCGGUACGUCAGAGGCUGACAGGUGGAGAGGCCAGCCCGGCCCGCGACGGGAGCGGCGCACGGGCGAGGGUGAGGGGGAGGCGGAGGAAGCCGCUUCAGAACCAGAGAGGCGGGCCGGUGCACGGUCGUGGCUAAUUUUGGAAAGCUUCGGACUUUGCAAAAAUGGCAUUUUACAAAUCCUGACCCUGAUUGUUGUGUAAAUACUACAGUGCCAGACAUGUUCAGAAUUUGAGAUGUAGUUUCUGCUCCGGUCCUAUUGUUGUAUAAACAUUUAGAACUGUCCAAUAAUCCCGUUUUGGCAAGGGAAAAAAAUCUGCAUGUCCAUCAAAACAGCAUCAUUGUACUCCGUUAGGCUGACGUUAAAUUCCAA